AUGAAACUUUUUAUCGCCACACUCUUCUCCUUCGUCGUCGUCGGCACCGUGAAUGGCGCCAGCCAUACUGCCGGAGGCAAAGCCAACGGAUCUGUCUGCGCCUUGGACACGGAAUGUGAGAGCGCAUUCUGCUCAGUGGAUUUAACAUGCAAGGACAAGCAGGUGAGCGGGGAAACCUGUAUCGAGAAUGACGAUUGCGUGGGUGGGUAUUGCUCCGGCACUAAAAAGUGCUUGGACACCAAGCUGGCAAACGGCAGCGGCUGUGCUGCCGAUAACGACUGCGAAAGCACUUUCUGUGCUGUUGAUUUCACUUGCAAGGCCAAGAAGGAAGUUGGAGAGGCCUGCGCCGAAGAUGACGACUGCACCACCGCAUUCUGCUCUGUGGAUUUCACAUGCAAGGAAAAGCAGGUUGAUGGAGAAGUCUGUAUCGAGAAUGACGAUUGUCAGGGCGGAUACUGCUCUGGUACUAAAAAGUGCCUGGACACCAAGAACGCAGAUGGUAGCGGUUGUGCUGUCGAUAACGACUGCGCGAGCCUGUUCUGCUCUGUCGAUUUCACUUGCAAAGCCAAGAGGGAAGUUGGAGAGAGCUGCGUUCAAGAUGAUGACUGCACCACCGCUUUCUGCUCCGUGGAUUUCAGUUGCAAGGAAAAAUUGGGAAUCAACCAAACUUGUAUUGAAGAUGACGACUGCCAGAGCGGAAGCUGUGCCCAACUUAGCGGGUUUAAAUGCGUUGAGAGCUCGGGAGGUCUUGCUUGGAAUUUGACAUUCACAUUGCUUUUUGGCAUCUUUGCUUCUUUCUUGUUGAUUGCUUUUUAG